CAUCCAGGUUCCACUUCCGAAGGCGGUGACAAACUAUCCCCCGCGUCCCUCAAGCCCGGCGUCACAGCAGCUCAUCACGUCGGGACCAGCUUCAAAUAGCCCCAGCAGUGGAACGUUAACACACUGUCGAUGUGGAUGGAGGAAUGCAAAGCUCACUGGAGAGGCGUGAUCUCUACGGAUGCCAUGCUGGACUCGAUGCCAAAGGCUACCACCGAGGACGAUGCAUGCAUCGCGAAGAUCGUGGAACUGGGCCAGUCUGCGUUGGACCGAGCCCGACAGUCACGCGACGAGUUGGACGCCAUAAACGCCGCGAUCCAUCCUCGGCCUCGCAAGAAUGGUGACAAGAGAAAGGCCCGGAAGCGGAACGAGCAGUCGCUGGUCAAGACGAUGACCACAUAUUUCGCUGACAUCACGCAAAACUUCGACGACGCACAUAAGCCUUACUUCAGAGACUCUCAUGCAGAGCUGAUACCCUGUGUGGACGAUCCCGAAGAACACGAUCUGGCGCCUGAGCUAUGUGGGACACGACCAGGGAUCGCGGCCGAUCACAGGCUCACUUGGCGUGAAAUUGGGUUCGUUGCCGAAAUCAAGGACAACUUGCACAUCAUCGUGAAACGCACCGGCUUGGAUAAAAGGGCUCGUGACCAGCAAACUGACCCGGACGACAAGGACUGCAACGAGGACGAGGACGGCAGCAAAGACGACGAGGACGGCGAUGUCGACCACGGCGAUACAGAUCCUGCUGAGUACAGGCUGACCCAGGGCAAAGAGGGCAGCGAGGCGUACGUGCAGUUGGCGAAGAGUGCAAGGAACAUGCUCCUCGCGUCGGGCGGCUUAUACGUCUAUCUGCUGUUCAUUGUCGGUCGUGCCGCCCACAUCGUUCGCUACGACCGCUCUGGCUGGACAGCGACUCCUCCGAUCUACUGGAGCGAAGAAAAAACAAUUCUGCCCCGGUUCUUGCUUCGACUAUAUAAUCCACCCGAAGGACCACAGAACAGCCCGGGGCGCAUGCUCGGCGACGACUUCACGAUCUCUCCGCUCACCGAGAAGGAGAAGAUGGCUCUGCAAGCGGCAUUGGACAGGAAGGAGAACAGUUAUGCAUCUGACUUGGCACAGGUCGACGGUGAUCUCACGGAGAGGAGUGUUUCCAUGAUUGCUGUCCAAUUCGUCGAUGGUUCUGACGGCGGGCGCCAGCACCAGCUUGUGCACUGCUUCACGUUUGGCCAACCGCUCUGGGUCUCGCAUGGACUAUUUGGUCGUGCCACGAAAGUGAUCCGCGUCGUUCUGGAGUGCGAUCUGAACAGCGACAAUCCAACGAUCUACGCGCUCAAGGACUCGUGGCGUGAAGGCUGUCGCCGGCCUGAGGUGGACUACUACGAUGUGGUUGAUGAUUACCGCCGCAAAAACGCCGAAUUUGUGUCCGGACUUGGACCGAGCAAGUCGGUGGCCAAAUGCCACGGCUCGAUUGACCUGUCGCUCACUCUCGCAAAUUCGGCCCCCAGGACAUCAGCGAAAUGGGACUGUGGAUCUCACCGUACGACCUCCGUCUCUCACUUGGGAGAGCGCGCCAGAGAUCUGAUCCGAUACCACACGCGCAGUCUGCUGACACCGAUUGGUGUCCGCGCCGAGAGAUUCAAAUGUGUGAGGGACGUUGUUUCUAUAGUUUUCGAAGGUCUGAUGGAUGCAUGGAUUGCAGACCUUGCAGGGGUGAGACAUCGAGAUAUCAGCGACGGCAAUGUCAUGGUCGACAAAGUGCUUCGUUCAGGAUUCCUGCUCGAUUACGACUACGCGGAAUUCUCACCAGAGGGUCUUGCUGCAUUUGCUGAGCUAUCCAAAGACCGAGCCAGGCAGGAUGAUCAUCUUUACCAGAACAUCGACAAGAGCCUGAAAGAGAUCACGGGAACACCUCCUUUCCUGGCUCUGGAACUUGCAUUUGACACAGGUGUCGCUCACGGAGCUCAUCAUGACAUCGAGUCCUUUUAUUGGCUGUUGAUCUGGAUCAUCCUGCGGCACACUCCUCCAGAAUUCCAUGGUCACAGCCCAUACAAAUUCGCAGAAUUAUUUGGUUUUCACUCUCCGGACAAGAAAAACACAUGGAUAACUCAAAACGAAUGCAUUGGACCGCCCAAUUCACCCCUCCGAUCACUCACUCUUCAAUGGGUCUUGGAGGUCAAAGAGCAGAACCGCGUCGUGGCUCCGACACUGGAACAAUUGUCUCCAAGCCUGGCAGACGAUACCGACAGCAGUGGCGAAGAGAGCGACAGUGCUCCUGUCGAACCUGCAAAGCCACCGAAGAAGAUGGCCUUUCGCUCUGUCCACAAAUUUAUCAAAAAACGGCUUGCCGUUAAAGGCUGGGAUACGAUGCCGCACGAUUGUUGGGUCGAAUACAUACCCCCUUCUAGCCACAGGACCACUGCGAUUCGUCAGCACGACGCUCGCGCUCUCAAGGCUCUCUAGCGCGAAUCGAUCUCCAGUCCCACGGCCUUGGGAUCGCUGCCUCAAAACAGAGGAUCCAAGCGAGAGUCAGAGGAUACUGGUUUGCAGGCCAGCAGAAAGCGUGUCAAAGUCGGAAGCUAGGACGAGCGAGUCGGACGUUCCGUCUGCUUCGAGUAGAAUACCACGUCCCACACAUUCUUUCUUGGUUCACAGGUGUCAGUCAAGGUCUUCCUGUCAUCUUUGACGUAUGUACGUCAGACCGGAUGAUGGGAAAAGUCCCAGGGAAGGCUUAAAGUGUACUACGAAAAUGGAGGACCAUGAACGAUGUUGCUCACGAUUCUCGUGCUGCUUACCCUGUCUGCUGCUUGCUCUGGCGCCCUGCACAAGUCCUACAGGCGUGCAACCUUCACCGUCAAGGCGUUGAAUGUGGCUCUUCCCAAAGCAGAACUUUCUUCUCAUACCACAUACUUCGCCGACCUCACGAGUCG